UGAGUGCAGUGGCCCAGCAGAUCCUGUGGAACUGUCUGAUCGAAGAUCCCGCCCUGGUGCUCAGGCACUUCCUGGAGAAGCUCACCGUUAGCAAUCGACAGGAUGAGCUGAUGUACAUGCUGAGGAAGCUGUUGAUGAACAUCGGUGACCUCCCGGCCCAGACCUCUCACAUCCUCUUCAACUACCUGGUGGGGCUGAUUAUGUACUUUGUGCGUACCCCGUGUGAGUGGGGUAUGGAUGCCAUCUCGGCCACUCUGACCUUCCUGUGGGAGGUGGUGGGAUACGUGGAGGGGCUCUUCUUCAAGGACCUCAAACAGACCAUGAAGAAGGAGCAGUGUGAGGUCAAGCUGCUGGUCACUGCAUCCAUGCCAGGAACCAAGACCCUUGUAGUACAUGGGCAGAAUGAGUGUGAUAUUCCUACCCAGUUGCCUGUACACGAGGACACUCAGUUUGAAGCCUUGCUCAAGGAGUGUCUGGAGUUCUUCAACAUUCCUGAGUCUCGGUCUGCGCACUACUUCCUCAUGGACAAGCGCUGGAACCUCAUUCACUAUUCCAAGACCUUUGUGAGGGAUAUCUAUCCGUUCAGGAGGUCUGUGUCUCCCCAGCUCAACCUGGUCCACAUGCUGCCAGAGAAAGGACAGGAACUCAUUCAGAAACAGGUGUUUUCCCGUAAACUGGAGGAGGUGGGCCGUGUUCUAUUCCUUAUCUCCCUAACCCAGAACAUGCCAGCCAUCCACAAACAGUCCCAUGUGUCCAUGCUCCAAGAGGACCUGCUCCGCCUGCCCUCCUUCCCCCGCACGGCCAUUGACGGAGAGUUCUCUCUCUUCAGCGAGCCACAGGGCAAGGAGCUCUUCGGCCUGGACACUCUCCACAAAGUCCUGUGGAUCAAACUACUAGAAGAGAUGUUUCUGGGCAUGCCCAGUGAGUACCCGUGGGGGGAUGAGAUCAUGCUCUUCCUGAACGUGUUCAACGGCGCCCUGCUGCUACACCCCGAGGACAGCGCCCUCCUCAGGCAAUACACGGCUACUGCCAUUAAUACGGCCGUCCACUUCAACCACCUGUUCUCCCUGAGUGGAUACCAGUGGCUCCUCCCCACAAUGUUGCAGGCCUAUGCUGACUAUGAGAGUAACCCACUGCUGAGACAGGGGAUAGAGUUCUGCUGCAGACAGUUCUACAUCCUGCACCGUAAACCCUUCAUCCUCCAGCUGUUUGCCAGCGUGGCCCCACUGCUGGAGUUCACAACGUGCACCAGCACAGGCCUGUCUAAGGGGGUGUCUGCUCAGUGCCUGUUUGACCUGCUGGUCUCUCUGGAGGGAGAGACACGUGAUACCCUGGAUGCCCUGGAGCUGGUUAAGGCUGAGAAACCCCUACGAUCCCUGGACUUCUGCUAUGGUAGUGAGGACCUGGCCUUCUCCAUCAGUGAGUCCAUCAAGCUGUGUGUGACGGUAGUGGCCUACGCCCCAGAGUCUUUCAGGAGUCUACAGAUGCUGAUGGUGCUGGAGGCCCUGGUGCCGUGUUUUCUCCAGAAGCUGAAGAGCAACACCAUGACCAUGGAGUCAGCCUCGGCAGCGCGGGACGAGAUCGCCGCCAUCGCCGCCCUGGCCACCUCCCUGCAAGCCCUGCUCUACAGCUCAGAGACCCUCACACGGCCUAUGACUGCCCCCCAGUUGAGUCGCUGUGACCAGGGACACAAAGGGGCAACGACUGCCAACCACGCCAUGUCUGGAGGACCCAACACCAGUCGCCUUGUGUCCGGCAUCAGGGACAACCUUCACCUGCUGGAGGAGGGCCAGGGGAUGCCCCGCGAGGAGCUGGACGAGCGCAUCGCCCGCGAGGAGUUCCGCCGGCCCAGGGAGUCCCUCCUGAACAUCUGCACAGAGUUCUACAAGCACUGCGGCCCGCGCCUCAAGAUCCUGCAGAACGUGGCCGGGGAACCCCGUGUCACCGCCUUGGAGCUGCUGGACAUCAAGUCCCACAUGAGAUUGGCAGAGAUCGCCCACUCCCUCCUCAAGCUGGCCCCCUACGACAGCCUGACCAUGGAGAGCCGAGGCCUACGCCGCUACGUCACCGAGAUGCUGCCCAUCACCGAUUGGUCGUCCGAGGCCGUGCGGCCCGCCCUCAUCCUCAUCCUGAAGCGGCUCGACCGCAUGUUCAACAAGAUCCACAAGAUGCCUACGCUCAGGAGACAGGUGGAGUGGGAGGCGGCCAGUAGUCUGAUUGAAGGUAUCUGUCUGACUCUCCAGCGUCAGCCAAUCAUCUCCUUCCUCCCUCACCUCCGCUCCCUCAUCAACGUCUGUGUCAACCUGGUGAUGGGGGUAGUAGGUCCCUCCAGUGUGGCUGAUGGACUGCCCCUGCUCCACCUGAGCCCCUACCUGUCCCCCCCUCUACCCUUCAGCACAGCAGUGGUACGCCUGGUGGCUCUGCAGAUACAGGCUUUGAAGGAUGACUUCCCUCUGAGCCAUGUGAUCUCCCCCUUCACCAAUCAGGAGAGGCGAGAGGGCAUGCUGCUCAACCUGCUUAUUCCAUUCGUGCUGACCGUGGGGUCAGGGAGCAAAGACUCCCCACACCUGGAGCAGCCAGAGGUCUCCCUGCUCCUGCAGACGGUCAUCAACAUCCUGCUCCCCCCGCGCAUCAUCAGCACGUCCCGGACCAAGAACUUCAUGCUGGACACGUCCCCCGCCCACUGCUCCACCCCGGGGGACCAGGGCAAGGACCUGAGGAGAGAGGGCCUGGCCGAGUCCACCAGUCAGGCUGCAUACCUGGCUCUAAAGGUGGUGCUAGUGUGUUUUGAGCGGCAGCUGGGGAACCAAUGGUAUCGCCUCAGCCUGCAGGUCAAGGAGAUGUCUCUGAGGAAGGUGGGAGGCCUGGCCUUCUGGGACUUCAUAGACUUCAUAGUGCGCACUCGGAUCCCCAUCUUCGUCCUGCUGCGCCCCUUUAUCCAGUGCAAGCUCCUGACCCAGCCAGCUGACUCCCAGGAGGAGAUCACGGCCCGCCACCACAUCGCUGACCAGCUGGAGCGCCGCUUCAUCCCCCGCCCCCUCUGCAAGAGCUCCCUGUUCGCAGAGUUCAACAACGAGCUGAAGAUCCUCAAGGAGGCCGUGCACAGUGGCUCUGCAUACCAGGGCAAGACAUCCAUCAGUACAGUGGGCACGUCCACCUCUGCCUACCGCCUGUCGCUGGCCACCAUGUCCCGGUCCAACACGGGCACGGGCACGGUGUGGGAGCAGGAGAGCCAGCCGUCCCGCCAGCCCUCCCAGGACACGCUGAGCCGCACCGACGAGGAUGACGAACAGGAGCAGGAAGAGAAUGACUCUAUCAGUAUUCCCAGUGUGGUGAGUGAACACGAGGUCUUCCUACCCAGGCUCAUCACGCAGCGACGCUUCUCCAGUCACGCCACGGGCAGUGCCCAGCCUGAACCAAGCACCCGCAGCACCAUGCUGCCCAGCCACAGUGAACCCAAUGUGCUAGAUGAGUCUCAAGGACUGGAAGAGGGUAACCUGUCUAGGGUGGCCAGUGUGCAGAGUGAACCAGGCCAGCAGAACCUCUUAAACCAACCUCCGCUGGGACGCAAAAGAGGACUAAGACAGUUGCGACGCCCCCUGCUGUCCCUUCCAAAGAGUGAGCUGCGAGGGCCAGGUCGCUCUGGAGCCCGGCUCUCCACCACCCGCAGGAGCAUCCAGCCCAAGAACAAACCUCUGGAAACUUUAUUGGACUGCGAAGCAACCCAUGGGUGGGACCAGAAAAGGGUGGUCACCUUCACAGAGAGCCAGCAGGCUCAGGCGAAGAGCCCCACCCCCGGUGGCGCCGAUGCCCACCCAGAGGGCAGGAAGGCCAGCCCGGCCCUCCACUCGCUCCCCCUGCUGCCCCUGGUGCCUCCUCCUCAGCCAUCAUCAAAGCUGACCUCCACAGCCCUGCCAAGAAACAGUGGGUAA